AGAGGGGAUGGCACUUGGCUUUAAAGACAGGUAACUGCCAGGCUGCUGUGGAGAUGAUGUGAGUUACAGGCCCAGGGGCUCUGGCAGACCGGAGAUCACCCCUCUCUACAGGGCAAUUACUGCUUGGCUCCAGCCAGUGUGGCCCUGGGAAAAAGGGGGCCUGGAGUUGCUUGAUGUACCAAUUGUUCAAAAGACGCAAGAAAUUGGGAUUUUUAUUUUUAUUUUUUUUUGGAGAUGAAGUCUCACUCUGUCACCAGGCUAGAGUGUAGUGGCAUGAUCUUGGCUCACUGCAACCUUCACCUCCCGGGUUCAAGUGAUUCUCCUUCCUCAGCCUCCGGAGUAGCUGGGACUACAGGCGUGCGCCACUACGCCCAGCUAAUUUAAAAAAUAUUUUUAGUAGAGACAGGGUUUCACCAUAUUGGCCAGGAUGGUCUUGAUCUCUUGACCUUGUGAUCUGUCUGCCUCGGCCUCCCAAAGUGCUGGGAUCACAGGCGUGAACCACUGUGCCAGGCUUUUUUUUUUUUUUUAAAGACUAGAGUCUCACUGUUUCCCAGGCUGGAGUGCAGUGGUAUGAUCAUAGCUCACUACAGCCUUGACUUCCUGGGUUCAAGUGAUCCUGCUGCCUCAGCCUCCUGAAUACCUUCGGGGACCACGGGUGUGAUUUAAACAGGUUUUUUUGUAGAGAUGGGAUCUUGGUGCCCAGGCUGGUCUCAAACUCCUGGUCUCAAGCAGUCUUCCUGCUUUGGCCUCCGAGAGCACUAGGAUUACAGGUGUGAGCCACUGUACCCAUCCAGAAUUGGAGUUUUUAUAUUAAAUCUCCCUAUUUUAAAAUGUUGGCUCCUAACUAAAACAGGCAGAUAUGUGGCAGUGUUCACUGGAACUUUCUGUGAUUCUGAAAUGUGGCUAGUGUGACUGAGGAACUGAAUUUUUAAUUUUGUUUUAGGCUGGGCGCAGUGGUGUAUUCCUGUAAUCCCAACAUUUUGGGAGGCUGAAGCAGGAAUAUUGCUGGAACCCAGGAGUACGAGAUCAACUUGGGCAACAUGGUGAAACCCUGUCUCUAAAAAUAAUACAAAAUAAUUAGCCCAAUGAGGUGGUGUGCACCUGUGUAGUCCCAGCUACUUGAGAGGCUGAGGUGGGAGGAAUCCCUUGAGCCCAGGAGGUCAUGGCUGUGGUGAGCCGUGAUCAUGCCACUACAUUCCAGCCUGGCUUCCUGAGCGAGACCCUAUCUCCAACAAUAUAUAGAUAUAUAUUUAUUUAUUUUUGAGUCAGGGUCUCGCUCUGUCGCCCAGGCUGGAGUGCAGUUGUGUAACUAGAUUGCUGCAGUGUGGAACUCCUGGGCUCAAGCAAUCUUCCUGCCUUGGCCUCCCCAAAUGCUGGGAUUACAGGAGUGAGCCACUGGGCCUAGCUACUUUUGGUUAAUUUAAAUAGUCAUAUGUGUCUCCUGUAUUGGACAGUGUCACUGCGUUUUACCUAAGAGUUUGAAUUCCAGAUUGUGUCAGUUCAAAUCCAAGCUUGCCGACUUCUAGGCUGGCUGUGAUCCUGUGCAAGUUACUUCACCUCCCAGUGCCUCAGUUUCUACAUUUAUAAAAUACAACAGGGCAGGUGCGGUGGCUCAUGCCUGUCAUCCCAACGUUUCGGGAGGCCAAGGCAGGAGAAUCGCUUGAGGCUAGGAAUUGGAGAGCAGCCUGGACAACAUGGGAAGACCCUCUUUUGGCGGGGGGGGCGGGGGGGAAGUACCUGUUUCAUAGACUAGCUUUGGGAACCAAAUGAGGCACUCCCAUGUAGCAUUCAAAUGGUAGCUGUGUGAACCAUAGGCAAGGCACGCCUGCCUCAGUUUCCUCAUCUCUAAAAUGGGGUGAUGGUAGUAUGUUAGAGUGGUUGUGAGGAGUGAACGGGACAGUCUACGAAGGUUAUAUGUAUAUAUUCCCAGGGGCUUGCUGUUACCAGGCCAUAUGGGUUACUCACAGAUUGAAAUAUCUUGACUGGGUGUGGUAGCUCACACCUAUAAUCCCAGCACUUUGGGAGGCCAAGACGGGUGGAUCACCUGAGGUCAGCAGUUGGAGACCAGCCUGGCCAGCAUAGUGAAACCCCAUCUCUACUAAAAAAUAUAUGAAAAAAUUAGCCGGGCAUGGUGGCUUAUGCCUGUAAUCCCAGCUACUCAGGAGGCUGAGGCAGGAGAAUCGCUUGAACUCAGGAGGCAGAGGUUGGGUUGCAGUGAGCUGAGACCACACCAUGGCACUCCAGCCCGGAAAACAAGAACCAAACUCAGUCUUAAAAAAAAGAAGUACCUUAACCACUUUGACUUUAUCUCCCUUGCCCUGCCCCCGUUGCCCCCCACUGUCCCAGUUUCUCCUACUGUAGCCUGCACCAGCAUUAAUACUGGUUAAAUAUUCUAGGACAACCCAACCUUUCCUGGUGUGUGUGAUGAUAAUUAAAAGGCAUUCAGAACUCUGUAAAAGGCAUUCAGACUGAAUGCACUCCACGUUUUUUUUUAAGCCUCUCGGGUCUCUACAAAUAAUUAAAAUUUAUACCAUGACCCCUUGCCCUGGGGUGCACUGUCUGCAAGCCAGUGGAAUAUUUCCUGAAAUCUUCAGCCCUCCCCAGCUUGAGGAAGUCUGCAGGAAUGAUGGAAGGGGUCUGUACCUUUUUUUUUUUUUUUUUGAGAUGGAAUCUCAGUCUGUCACCCAGGCUGGAAUACAGUGUGUGUAAUCUUGGCUCACUGCAACCUCUGCUUUCCGAGUUUGAGUGAUCCUCCUGCCUCAGCUCCCAAGUAGCUAGGACUAUAGGCAUGUGCCCCCACACCUGGCUAAUUUUUGUAUUUUUAGUAGAUAGGGGGUUCAUCACGUUGGCCAGGCUGGUCUCGAACUCCUGACCUCGGCCCUGGAGGUGGAGGUUGCAGUGAGCCAAGAUCAAGCCACUGCACUGCAGCCUGAGUGACAAAGCAAGACUCCAUCUCAAAAAAGAAAAAAAAGAAAAUGAGAUAUCUGAGACCUGGAAUGUGUUCCCCCCCAUGAUCAUCCAGAGCAGGUAUUUGCUUCCUCCCACAGCUGGCUGUCCAAAUUCUGCUAAAAUAUCUUCUAUGAUGGGAAGCUUAUUCUCUCACCAAAUCCAACAUGAGACCUAAUUUGCCUCCAGGUUACUUUGGUUUACAAGGUCUGGCUUUACUCCUUGGGGCCACAUAACCUGUCUGAGCAAGGGGGAUGGGGAAGGCGGGUCUCAAAUGUCAGCCUUAGAAGCUUAUAUAUUUAGAAGGCACUAGGGGGCUAUAGAAGAGUCUAAUGCAGGUGAAGGACACGGUCUAAUUUGUGCUUAGAUAAACCCCACAGGGCCAGGCAUGGUGGCUCAUGCCUAUAAUCUCAGCACUUUGGGAGGCCAAGGUGGGAGGACUGGUUUUGCCCAGGAGUUCAGCCUGGGCAACAAAGGGACACCCCAGUUCUACCAAAAACAAUAAAUGAGCCAGGCAUGCUGGCUCAUGCCUGUAAUCCUAACUACUUGGGAGGCUGAGGUGGGAGGAUCAUUUAAGCCCAGGAAGUGGAGGUUGCAAUGAGCUAGGAUAGUGCUGCUGCACCCCAGUUGGGGCAACAGACUGAGACCCCACCUCAGAAAAUUAAAGACCUCAAAGGCCAGAGUGGUCAUGGCUGAGGGAGGCACAGGCAGAGAAUUCGUGUGGAACAAAAGAAUCACAGGGGGAUGUGGGAGCACAGAGGCGCUUGAUGCCCCUGGGGAGUGUUAGGGAGUGCUGUCUAGAGGAGGUGAAGUCUGAAUGGUGGAAAAGGAAUUAAAGAAGGGAGUGGAGCUGGGCACAGUGGCUCACACCUGUAAUCCCAGCACUUUGGGAGGCCAAGGCGGGCGGAUCAUGAGGUCAGGAGUUUGGGACCAGCCUGGCCAACGUGGUGAAACCCCAUAUCUACUAAAAACAAAAAUUAGCCAGGUGUGGUGGUUGGCACCUGUAAUCCCAGUACGUGGGAGGCUGAGGCAGGAGAAUCGCUUGAAACUGGAAGGCGUAGGUUGCAGUGAGUAGAGAUGGCACUCCAGCCUGGUCAACAUAGUGAAACCCUGUUUCUAUUUAAAAAUAUAAAAAAUUAGCAGGGUAUGGUGGCAGGUGCCUGUAAUCCUAGUCAGUUGGGAGGCUGAGGCAGGAGAAUCGCUUGAAUCCAGGAGGUGGAGGUUGCAGUGAGCCAGGAUCUUGCCAUUGCACUCCAGCCUGGGCAACAAGAGCAAAACUUGUAAAAAAAAAAAAAAAAAAAAAACAAAAAAACCCCAAAACAAAAACUGAGCACCUACUAUGCCUGGCUCUGCUGGGCUAUGCAGCAUAGUUCUCUGGAAGAAAAACAUAAAUGGAAACUCUAUUUUUCCCUAUAAUAGUCUCCAAACACUAAAUUCUUUUACUUUGGGGGGAAAAAAAAGCCCAGCUUAAGGGCUUUGCCCCAUUCCUGGCAGGGAGCAAUUAUGACCAGAGGGGCUGGGACAUCUGCUCCUAAUUAGCUUUUCCUGCUGAGGUCCUGGCAUACUAAAGGAUUUCUGAAGGGCCCUGGUGUCCCCCACCCCCAUUCUUCUGGGGUGGGGGAGCGGGUUCCAGUACGUGAGGACGGAAUUUCCUGCCCAUUUGCUCCUCACACCUUCCGGAGGCCAAACGGGCAGCCCAGCUGCGGCCCGAAGGGGGAGGGGCGCGGCCGCCCGGCAGAUGGCGGCAUUUACAUACAGCUGGGAGCCCCCUCUGAGGCCGGGCUUCUCGCCCUGGCGUCUGGUGCGUCCGCGAUGCGGGGUUUGGGAAGGCGCCUUUGUCUUGGGGAAGGGGAACACACACACGCCCGCACACAGGGGUACACAAAGAGCCUCAGAUUUUCAUAUCCACACACAGCUACACCGGUGGACCUCUCAAACCCAGUCUCAUUCACACAAACGAACGCACACAGGGGUUUACAAAGAACUCCAUCUUCAUCGUGUCCACACGUGGCUACAUCCGUGGACCUCCCAAACCCAGUCUCAUUCACACACAGGCGUCCUCAGCCAUUCCCCACCUUGCACAGCCUCUACCACACCCGCACAGAGCACAAAGUUACAGGUUUGUAUGCCUACUUAGGAUCUCCCGUAAACACGCACAGAGAAGCAUCCACGCAGCCACAGAAUCUCGAAGCGCCACACAGUCAUGAAGUCGUGUACACAUCUAGUUUCCCACUCGGGGGUGCGUGCAGAAUCAGAAUUGUUUACAACUUCAUACUUGUGUCACUCACAGACAACUCCAGGCAUAUGCUGAGUCGCGCAGGCCCACGUGGACACGCAGUCACAAAGUCGUGUGCACCCUCCAGCAGCGCUGGUCCAUACCACACACACCGAAUCUUAAAAUCACGUACAACCUCACACACAGGCUUAGCCCCGAAACCCCACCCCACGCCAGCCACACACAAAGUCGCGGGAUAACCCACUCACGACCUGGCCCGUGCCCACGACCACAGACGAAAUCUCUCUGUUGCUUUGCACGCUCCCCUUCCCGGGUGACCAACCACCCUCCCUUGGUCUCCUGGGGCCGGGUAGCUGCCUGAGGGGCGGGGCCAUUCCCUCAGAUAUAAGGCUCGAAAGCCAGCAGCUGCGACUCCCGAGACCCCCCCAGAAGGCCAUGGUCUUCCCACCGAUGUCCCGGCUCCUGUCCCAGACCGUGAUCCUAGCGCUCUUUUUUCUCCCCCAGGCACGGCCCGCUGGCGUCUUCGAACUGCAGAUUCAUUAUUUCGGGCCGGGUCCAGGCCCGGGGGCCCCGCGGUCCCCCUGCAGUGCCCGGGGCCCCUGCCGCCUCUUCUUCAGAGUCUGCCUGAAACCUGGGCUCUCAGAGGAGGCCACCGAGUCCCCGUGCGCCCCGGGCACGGCGCUGAGUGCGCGUGGACCCGCCUACACCGAGCAGGCCGGAGCACCCGCGCCUGAUCUGCCACUGCCCGACGGCCUCUUGCGGGUGCCCUUCCGGGACGCCUGGCCGGGCACCUUCUCUCUCAUCAUUGAAACCUGGAGACAGGAGUUAGGAGAUCAGAUUGGAGGGCCCGCCUGGAGCCUGCUUGCGCGCAUGGCAGGCCGGCGGCGCCUGGCAGCUGGGGGCCCGUGGGCCCGGGACGUUCAGCGCGCAGGCGCCUGGGAGCUGCGCUGCUCGUAUCGCGCGCGCUGCGAACCGCCAGCCGUCGGGGCCGCGUGCACGCGCCUCUGCCGCCCACGCAGCGCCCCCUCGCGGUGCGGCUCGGGACUGCGCCCUUGCGCACAGCUGGAGGACGAGUGUGAGGCGCCAACAGAGUGCCAAGCAGGCUGCAGUCCGGAGCACGGCUUCUGUGAGCAGCCUGGUGAAUGCCGAUGCCUGGAGGGCUGGACUGGACCCCUCUGCACGGUCCCUGUGUCCACCAGUAGCUGCCUCAGCCCUAGGGGCCCGUCCUCUGCCAACACCAGAUGCCUUGUCCCUGGGCCUGGGCCCUGUGAUGGGAACCCGUGUGCCAACGGGGGCAGCUGUAGCGAGACACCCGGGUCCUUUGAAUGCACCUGCCCGCGUGGGUUCUACGGGCGGCUGUGUCAGGUGAGCGGGGUGACAUGCGCGGAUGGACCCUGCUUCAACGGCGGCUUGUGUGUUGGGGGCGCAGACCCUGACUCUGCUUAUGUCUGCCACUGCCCACCUGGUUUCCAAGGCUCCAACUGUGAGAAGAGGGUGGACCGGUGCAGCCUGCAGCCAUGCCGAAAUGGCGGACUCUGCCUGGACCUGGGCCACGCCCUGCGCUGCCGCUGCCGCGCCGGCUUUGCGGGUCCGCGCUGCGAACACGACCUCGACGACUGCGCGGGCCGUGCCUGCGCUAACGGCGGCACGUGCGUGGAAGGCGGCGGCGCGCACCGCUGCUCCUGCGCGCUGGGCUUCGGCGGCCGCGAUUGCCGCGAGCGCGCAGACCCGUGCGCUGCGCGCCCCUGCGCUCACGGCGGCCGCUGCUAUGCUCACUUCUCCGGCCUCGUCUGCGCCUGCGCGCCGGGCUACAUGGGUGCGCGGUGCGAGUUCGCCGUGCACCCCGACGGCGCAGGCGCGUUGCCCGCGGCCCCGCCGGGCCUGAGGCCCGGGGACCCGGAGCGCUUCCUUUUGCCUCCGGCUCUGGGACUGCUGGUGGCCGCGGGCGUGGCCGGCGCCGCGCUCUUGCUGGUCCACGUGCGCCGCCGUGGCCAAGCCCAGGAUGCUGGGUCUCGCUUGCUGGCGGGGACCCCGGAGCCGUCAGUCCACGCACUCCCGGAUGCACUCAACAACCUAAGGACGCAGGAGGGUCCCGGGGAUGGCCCGAGCUCUUCCAUAGAUUGUAAUCGUCCUGAAGAUGGAGACUCUCGAGGGAUUUAUGUCAUAUCUGCUCCUUCCAUCUACGCUCGGGAGGUAUCGAUGCCCCUUGUUCCCCUGCUACACACACUGGGCGCGCUGGGCAGAGGCAGCACCUGCUUUUCCCCUACCUGCCUCGAUUCUGUCUGUGAAAUGAAUUCGGUAGAGUCUCUGGAAGGUUUUAAGCCCGCUUUUCAGUUCUGACUUAGUUUCAUUUUAUUUUGUAUCUCUCUUGUUUUGAGCUGCCUGCCAUCUUUUCUCUGGAAAGCUAUGGACUUGAAGAGGUCACGAUGGGGACUCUGCCAGAGCUUCUCCACUGAUUCUACGCUGCUGGGAGGCAGAGGGGCAGCCUCUCUAAUGCUUCCUGCUCAUUUUGUUUCUAGGCCUGACCUGUCUCCUCCAUCCGCACCUGGAGUCAGAGCGUGGAUGUUUUUGUAUUUGCUUGGUGGUGCCCAGUGUCUGCCCCGGAGAUUUUGGAGUUCAACCUCGAAGGGGUGUCUGGGAGAACUUGACUGCUGCAAGUUGUAAAUAAUGGUUAUUUAUAUCCUAUUUUUUUCUCACCCCAUCUCUCCAGAAACAUCUAUAAAGGCUGUUAUUUUGAUCA